CUUCUCAACUCAACUAAAUGUCUCGUUUAAUUGUAAAGAACUUGCCAAAGGAAUUAUCGGAGGAGAAGUUCCGUGAGCAUUUCUCCAAGAAGGGCGAAGUGACUGAUGCCAAACUUAUGAAGACCCAGUGGGGUACUUCUCGUAAAUUUGGUUUUAUUGGUUAUAAAACAGAAGAAGCUGCAAACGCUGCCUUGGAAUACUUCAACAACACUUAUAUCAACACUGCUAGAAUUAACGUCGAAAAAGCGCUGGCCUAUGGAUCAGAAAACUUGCCUAGAGCUUGGAGUAAAUAUACAGAGGGAUCUUCAGCUCACGACCGUAUGACAGGUGCUGGAUCAAAGAAGGCCGACUUUGCUGUGGAGGAAACCGAAGCUUUCCAAGAUAAACAGAGAAAGGAAAGAGAGGCCUUUAUCAAUGAAUUACACGCUGAUAAAAACGAUCCCAAGUUAAAAGAAUAUUUGGACGUGAUGACAUCUAGAGCAAAGAGUAAGACUUGGGCAAAUGACGACUCUGCCGCCGCCGAACAAGAAAAGAAAGAGGAGAAUACAGAUACUAAGGUUGAUUAUGUUGGAUCUGACGACGAGCUUUAUGAUGAACUCCCUCCCAAGAAAUCUAAUGACACCAAAGAAUCUGAGGAUGUAGAGAUGAAGGAUGUCGAGGAAGAGGAUAAAUCAAACGUAGAGGAACUCAAGGCCAAAUCCGCAACAAUGGAAUCCAAAGAGGAUAUUGCUGAAGUAGAAAACAAGGAUGAAAAGGUCCACACAAAGAGCGAGAACCCCAAGGAGCUCAUUGAAGAUACAGGUCGUCUUUUCGUUCGUAAUUUAUCUUAUGCUUGUACUGAACAAGACUUGAGAGAUCUUUUCGAAAAGUAUGGCACCUUAUCCGAAGUUCAUAUGCCCAUUGCUAGAGAUACCAAGAGAUCCAAGGGAUAUGCUUAUAUUCUUUACUUGAUCCCCGAACAUGCCCUUAAAGCCUAUGAAGCUCUCGACAUGCAAACUUUCCAAGGUCGUCUUUUGCAUAUUAUUCCCGCCGAAGAAAAGCCCCCAGCCAAAGAAGAGGACAUUUUAGGUGUCAAUGGUGUCAAAUUAAGUGCGGUUAAAAAGGAAAAGGAGAAAAAGCGCAGAAAUCUUGCUGGUAAUGAUUUUAAUUGGAAUUCUCUUUAUAUGAGCUCCGAUGCUAUUGCUGAGUCGAUUGCUGAUCGUCUUGGUGUUUCCAAGUCUGAAGUCUUGAAUCCUGACGCUGACAACAUGGCUGUCAGAUUAGCCUUGGCCGAAACUCAAAUUGUCAACGAAACCAAAGAAUUUUUUGAAAAGCAUGGUAUUGUUUUAGACACUUUUGGUAAGAAAGAGAGAAGCGAAACCAUUAUUUUAGUGAAAAACAUUCCCUUUGGUACAACUGCUGAAGAUAUGCGCGAACUUUUCGGUAAAUAUGGUGAGCUUGGUAGAGUUCUUGUACCACCUGCCAAAACCAUCGCUGUGGUAGAAUUCCUUGAACCUAGUGAGGCAAGAAAUGCUUUCAAGUCGUUGGCCUACCGCCGUUAUAAGGAUUCUUUGAUCUAUCUUGAGAAGGCACCCAGUGGAUUGUUCAAGAAUCAAUUUGUUCGUGAUCCUAAUGCCAAGAAGGAAGAAAAGAAAAAUGAUGAAAAGAAGCCUGCUAGUGCUGCAGAGCUUUUGGGAUCAUCCAAGACAGAUGAUGUUAAUUCAGAUGAUAUCGCCACCCUCUUUGUGAAGAAUCUUAACUUCUCUACUACACCCGAAGGUCUCCAAAAAAUAUUCAAGGGUAUCACUGGUUAUAGAUCAUCUCGUAUCAAUGUUAAACCUGACGCUAAGAAUCCUGGAAAAACUUUAAGUAUGGGUUACGGAUUCGUAGAAUUUGACAACAAAGUCAACGCAGAAAAGGCAUUGAAUGCUAUGCAGGGAUUUAACUUAGAUGGCCACGCGUUAGAAUUGAAGCUUUCUCAUCAUAAGUCAGAAACAAAAUCAAAAAAGACUAAAGCACCAGAAACUACAAAAUUGGUGGUACGAAACGUGCCAUUUGAAGCUACUGAUAAAGAUUUGCGUGAACUUUUUGGUACUUAUGGUCAACUCAAGUCCCUCCGUUUGCCAAAGAAAUUCAAUGGCGGACAUCGUGGUUUUGCUUUCUUGGAUUUCCUUACCAAACAAGAAGCGAAGAAUGUAUAUGAAAAUAUGGGUAAUAUUCAUUUAUACGGUCGUCAUCUUGUCCUUGAGUGGGCUCAAGAGGAUGAUAAUGUCGAUUCACUUAGAGAAAAGACUGGUAAACAUUAUUCAAAAGAGGAAAACAUUGGUGGACGUGUGAAUAAGAGACAAAAGGUUGAUUUGGAUGGUGACGAUGACAUGUUGGAGUAAAUAGAGUAAUUUGUAAUAAAAGUAAAAUAAUAGUAACACCGUGCUCUUCUGGUGUGAUGCAUACACAGGAGACUGAAACCCUUCUUUUUAAUUUUUU